AAAAAGAAAGAAAAAGAGAGAAGAGAAGGAGAGAGUGAAAGUAACUCGUGUUUCCAAGUUUCUAGUUUCUGUUGGCUGACCUUGUUCCCAUUUUCCUUUGUUAUAUAAAAAAAGAAAAGAAAUUAAACUAUCGUGAGAAGGAAGGAAGGAAGGAGGGUGGAAUCAGAGAGUCGGAUAGAGAGAAUCUCGAACGACCUCACCUUCUCACCACACCUGCCUGGGUUUCUCUCUCUCUUUUUUAUUUUAUUUUAUUUUAAUUAAUUGGUUGAAUAUGUCAAAAGUCAAAUUGAAGCUGUAUGUAUGAUUGAUCUCGAUCAUACGAAAUGGGGGAGUUGGAAUCUGAGCAGAAGUCCUAAAUAAGUGUUGUUAAUGUGUCUAGUUGCUGCUAGGUUUGGUGUGGAGACGAACAACAAAUAAAUAAAGAAAAUUUAAUCUCUAAUUUGUUUGUUGUGGUUAGAAGAAGCAUCAAAAUCAAGUUGGUUCUUCUUCUUCUUUCGUCUCUCAAACUAUCAGUUUGCUGGGCUCUCACUUUCGUUCCGAUUUCGGUUGGUUUGACUUCACUUGAAGCAACUUCCCUUUUUUUUCUCUCUCUCUCUCUGUUCUUUUUAUGAUAUAUAUGCAUUUUUGAUUGUAAUUUUUUUUAAAAAAAAUCAUCAUCAUUGCCAUAUGAAGAAGUCGAAUAUGGGAUUAGGGUUUCUGUUGAGCUUAUUAUCGAUUCUGGUUACGCAACAAGCCAAUGGACUCAGACCCAUCAGAGACACCUCUCGAUCCUCCUGGGGCGAUCAGUGGCUCUUUGGUAAAAAAGAAGUAAGCAGCGGACCAUUUUCCCCUUGGAAUAUAACAGGAACUUACAGAGGCACCUGGAAGUUUCAAGAUACUGUAAAUAGCUCUUCCAAGUUCCCUGACUUCCGUAAUCAAAAUGGCAACUCUGUCAUCGAGUUAGUCACUAGUCCUACUAAGAUUACUGGUGUCCACUAUGUUCAGGGUGCUGUUGUUUUCCAUGACGUUUUUGACAAUGAACACAAUGUUGGCGGUGCCCAAAUUAAAGUCGAAGGUGUUUAUAUCUGGCCCUUCCGUCAGCUCCGUCUUGUUGCUAACAGCGGAAAGAAUGGUGAUUCAGGCCUCGAAGACGAUUAUCUUCUCUCCAACCCCUAUCAUCUGCUCGGCAUUUUUUCCUCUCAAGUACUUCAAGAAUCUCCAAGAGACAGAAUAAUGUCGAAACAAAAGGCUUCUCCAAUACAUGAGAUGGAGAAGCAUUGUAAUAUCGAAAUAGCAGCUCAGAUAUCCCGAGCCUCUUCUACUCAAAACAGUGGGGACAAAGAUUAUUUUCACAUUGAAGGAUUGAUGGAAAGUCCUGCAGUAGAUGACGACGGAGAUUGUUUCUCCCCCUUGUUGCUCAAUGCAACCUCAAUCAACGUUGAAGUCUACUACAACAAAGCUGUCAACUAUACACUGAUGGUCACUUUUGUCUCCUUCCUCCAGGUUCUUUUGUUGAUCCGGCAAAUGGAGCACAGUAACACACAAUCUGGUGCUGCAAAGGUCUCCAUCGUAAUGAUCGGGCAGCAAGCCAUCAUGGAUUCUUAUCUAUGCCUUUUACAUCUUACAGCCGGGAUAUUAGUUGAAUCAUUAUUUAACGCGUUUGCAACAGCAGCGUUCUUCAAAUUCGUAGUGUUCUCGAUAUUUGAGAUGAGAUAUCUUCUGGCCAUAUGGAAAGCAACCAGGCCUUCAAACAGCGGUGAGGGCUGGGAGACAAUGAGGCGUGAGCUCUCCUUUCUCUACAGCCGUUUCUAUGGAAUCCUUCUUGGAGGCAUAUUGAUAAUGUAUGAGCUCCACAACUACAUGCGGUGGAUCCUCCUUCUCAUGUACUCGUUUUGGAUUCCGCAGAUAGUUGCAAACGUUGUUCGUGAUUCUAGAAAGCCUCUGCACCCUUAUUAUAUCUUGGGGAUGACGGUUACACGGCUUGCCAUACCGUUGUAUGUAUUUGGAUGCCCCAAGAACUUCAUGCGUGUAGAGCCCAGCAAUGCCUGGUGUGUAGGCCUGUGCGCAUUCACCGGGUUUCAAGCUGCCGUUCUUCUUCUUCAGCAUUAUUUUGGGUCCCGUUGCUUUGUUCCACGGAAGGUGUGUUGGUGAUUCUGAUAUCUUCUUUUUUACUUGAUCAAUAAUGCUACCUGAUAAAUACAACUACUACAGAAGAUUAGAUCAUGAUGUAAACAGAAGCAGGGACUGCGUGAUAUGCAUGGCCACAAUUGAUCUCAGGAGGCGCACCAAUGAUUGCAUGGUAACGCCGUGUGAGCAUUUAUUCCACUCGGGAUGCUUACAGAGAUGGAUGGACAUAAAGAUGGAGUGCCCAACAUGUCGUCGCACACUUCCUCCAGCUUAACACUUAAGAGGAUCAUCUCUGCUUCGGUUUCCCUAGGGAGUCAUCUAUUAACUUCACCCACAUUAAUUGCAGGCUUUGGGAAGAGAUUAGAAGAAUACAAAACAGGGAUAGAAUCUGUAGAAGACGUAUUUUUGUAAGAAUGAAUUGUGUAAUAAUCUCCAAUCCAAUCUCUUUAGUGCAAUAUUCAUUUGGCUCUUUUGGUCAUUCUCUCAGCAAAACCCCUUGGACUCUUCAAUAUACAAACAAUCAUUUACCUCUUAACAUCUUUUGAGGUUUAAUAUUA